AUGUCUCGUUCCAGUAUCACCAUUCGCCUCACCAAGGACUCUGACUCCAAAGGAACAGCCAGAUCUAUACCCUACCAUGAACAAAACUAUCAGGAGCUGAAACGUCAGUGCCUCCAACAGCAACGUCUCUUCCUUGACCCCGAAUUCAAACCUUGUGCAGAGUCGCUUGGGUACAAAGAACUAGGACCCGGCUCCGUGAAUAUCCAAGGGGUGGUAUGGAAGAGGCCAAAGGACAUCUGCAAACAUGGAACGCCACAUUUUAUUUGUAAAGGAAUGAAUCGGACCGAUGUCUGCCAGGGGCAACUGGGUGACUGCUGGUUCUUGGCAGCAGCCGCCUCCCUUACCCUGUACCCAGAACUCCUUUAUCGGGUGGUUCCACAAGAUCAACAUUUCGGAGGCACUGAAUAUGCUGGCAUCUUCCAUUUCCAGUUCUGGCAGUAUGGGCAAUGGGUGGAUGUGGUGGUGGAUGACCUCCUGCCCACCAUAAAUAACGAGCUGCUUUUUGUGCGCUCCCCUGAACAUGAUGAGUUCUGGAUGCCUUUGUUGGAAAAAGCCUAUGCCAAACUGAAUGGCUCCUAUGAAGCUAUGAAUGGUGGCUACAUGAAUGAGGCCUUUGUGGACUUCACUGGUGGAAUUGGGGAGACUCUGUCCCUAAAAAUACCUAACACCAAGCUCUUCAAGACCAUUCGAGCAGCCCUGAGUAGGAACUCUUUGAUGGGCGCGCACAUUGAGGUUAAGCGGCCUGAGGACAUUGAAAAACCAACCCCGGAAGGGCUGGUGAAGGGACAUGCCUACUCCAUCACUGGAAUUCACAAGAUUGAUUUCGGGGAGAAGGUGGUGAGGCUACUGAGGCUGCGAAACCCCUGGGGCUACCAGGAAUGGACCGGCCGCUGGAGUGACAAAUCACCACUGUGGUCCUCUUUGGACCCCGAACUCCUGAAGAAGCUUCACGUGUGUGAUCGGAAAGAUGGAGAAUUUUGGAUGCAAUUGGUUGAUUUUAUACGUCAUUUCGAUGUCUUGGAGAUCUGCCACUUUAGUGGUGACCACACACAAGAGGGAUCCCACUGUUGCUGGAACGUCAACUGCUUCCAAGGCUGUUGGAUCAAAGGCUACACCGCUGGUGGAUGCCAGACUUUCCAACCAUGGGACACUUUUUGGAUGAACCCUCAAUUUCAUGUUUCACUGCUGGAGCCAGAUGAGAAAGAGGUGAAGAAGCAAGAGAAGAGAGGAGAACAAUAUCCGAACCCCACUUGCACCCUCCUUGUUUCUUUGAUGCAGAGAGAACGGCGCAGGAGCAGGAGGAGUGGAAAGGACUUCCUUCUCAUCUGCUUUCAGAUCUUCAGGGUGGAAAGAGAGUACCUCCAGCUGAAGAGCACAGCUCAAAGGAAGGCAUUGAUCCCCACUCUCCAGCCUGUCUGCCCUCCUUGCAGCGGUUAUUCAAGAGACAUCACGAGAUACCUCCAGUUACCCCCUGGAGAUUAUCUGAUCAUCCCCAACACCCAGUCUCCUUUGGAAGAGGCAAACUUCACCCUCCGCAUUUUCACAGAGAAGAAACAUCAGUUCUUGGAAAUUGAUGGAGAAAUCAGUGCAGAUGGCACGGCAUUGCAGACAAUGACACCUUCCAAGACUGGAUUAGACAAAGCACUUGAGGAAACCUUCCUGAAGUAUGCAGGACAGGACCAAGAAGUGGAUGCCAAUCAAUUCCAAAGCAUUUUGAAUCAGACUAUGACUGCUUUGACAUUCUUGAAGACGGAUGGCUUUUCUAGAGAGGAGUGUGAGAAAAUCAUCCAGCAUUUCAGUACCUGGAAAACAAACAAGUUGACUCUAGAGGAUUUUCAGCAGUUUUCCUGUAGGAUGCAAGAAUGGCAGCAUAUAUUCCUGGCUUACGAUGUGGACAGGUCUGGCAGCAUGAACACCCAUGAAAUCCAGCUGGCAUUGGAUGCUGCAGGAUUCCACUUAAAUAAUCGGACAACAGAGGCCCUUGUGAAAAAAUAUGGCAACCCCUGGCUCCAGAUAGACUUCGACAGCUUUGUUUCCCUGAUGGUGCACCUCGAAAGUGUUUUCAGUAAGGCCAGAAAGAUCACACCCUGGUUGUUCUCAUGCUUGUGUCCUUUCCUUCCAUACACUUAA